AUGGCGCCUCAUCCCUCGGGUACGCCAGCUGUCCAAGUGACACACGAGACAGAGCAGCCCUUCCCGGUCUCCUCGAAAGAGGAAGUGACCUGCAUCGCGUCCGCUCCGCCGAGCCCCACUCGCGUGCCAGGGGGCUGCGUCGAGGCAGAAGGGAGUGGCUGCCGAGGGGCCGCCAGGAAGCUCCGGGCGCGGCGUGGGGGACGCACCCGGCCCAAGAGUGAGUUGGCUCUCAGCAAGCAGCGACGGAGCCGACGCAAGAAGGCUAACGACCGCGAACGCAAUCGGAUGCACAACCUCAACUCCGCGCUGGACGCGCUGCGCGGCGUCCUGCCCACCUUUCCUGAUGAUGCGAAGCUCACCAAGAUCGAGACGCUGCGCUUCGCGCACAACUACAUCUGGGCGCUGACACAGACGCUGCGCAUAGCGGAUCACAGCCUCUACGGGCUGGAGCCGCCCUGCGAGGAGAUGGGCAGCCCGGACGGCGGCUCCCCGGGAGAUUGGGGUUCCCUUUCCUCCCCAGUCUCCCAGGCGGGCAGCCUGAGUCCUGCCGCCUCGCUGGAGGGGCGCCCCGGGCUGCAGGCUCCUGCCUCCCCUGCCUACCUGCGCCCCGGCGCCCUGGCUUUUUCAGACUUUCUAUGA